AUGAAAAUUAAGCUUCAAUCAUUUCGAAUGCAUUCCGAACGACAUUGUUUUCAUCAAUAUUGUUCAAAGCCUCAAGUAUCUGCACACCUUCAUCUUUCACAUUAUCAUUGUGGCAGUCUUGACAAGACGAAAAAGGAUCUUAAAAGCUACAUCUGCCUAAUGCACAUACGCAUCAUUUCGUUGAAAAACAUUUGCAUACAAAAUGAGUGCUUGAUUGAUGGCACCAAAUAUUUCAUUCCAUCAAGUUACCAAGUUAUUCUUAGACAUAGAUCGAAUGCCCUGAGUGAGAGUAAAGUAAAGGCGUCAGUCAAAAUGAUAGAAGAAUUCUUCAUAAGAUACAAACGAUUGCAAGAAGGAGAACCAUAA